CGGCGGGGCCGCCGCGCCCGACACUGCCCCGGCCGCUCGCCCCGCUCCUUCCUCCUCCUCCUCGCCUAAGUUUUUCCUUUUCCUCGUUUCGGAUAUCUUUUUUUUUUGUUGGUUUUUUUGUGAUUUUUUUUUAUUUUUUUUUUUUUUUUUUUGUGCUGAGGAGAAGUAACAAAAAGUUUUUCGCAGACUUCUCGCGGUUCUUUCCCUCUCCGCAGCCCGGCGGAGACUUCGUUUCUCCGAGUUUUUUUACUUUUUUUUUUUUUUUUUAACCCGUCCUUUGCCCCUUAGCGCGUAACUUUUUGAAGUUGCUUUUUUUUUUUUUUUUUUUUUUAAUAUUAUUAUUAAAAAAUUUUUUUUCGCCCCCUUGCUCCCCCUCGGCCACUUUUCUCGCAUGAAUCUCCUCGACCCUUUCAUGAAAAUGACAGAAGAACAGGACAAAUGUAUCUCCGACGCCCCCAGCCCCACCAUGUCGGAUGACUCCGCCGGCUCCCCCUGCCCCUCUGGAUCCGGCUCGGACACGGAGAACACCAGACCCCAAGAGAACACCUUCCCCAAAGGCGACCCCGACCUGAAGAAGGAGAACGACGAGGACAAGUUCCCGGUGUGCAUCCGGGAGGCGGUGAGCCAGGUGCUGAAGGGCUACGACUGGACCCUGGUGCCGAUGCCGGUGCGGGUGAACGGCUCCAGCAAGAACAAACCGCACGUCAAGAGACCCAUGAACGCCUUCAUGGUGUGGGCGCAGGCGGCCCGCAGGAAGCUGGCGGAUCAAUACCCGCACCUGCACAACGCCGAGCUCAGCAAGACCCUGGGCAAGCUCUGGAGGCUGCUGAACGAGAGCGAGAAGCGUCCCUUCGUGGAGGAGGCCGAGCGGCUGCGGGUGCAGCACAAGAAGGACCACCCCGACUACAAGUACCAGCCCCGGCGGAGGAAGUCGGUGAAGAACGGGCAGGCGGAGCAGGAGGAGGGCGCGGAGCAGACCCACAUCUCCCCCAACGCCAUCUUCAAGGCGCUGCAGGCAGACUCGCCGCAGUCCUCCUCCAGCAUCAGCGAGGUGCACUCGCCCGGGGAGCACUCGGGCCAGUCGCAGGGGCCCCCCACGCCCCCCACCACCCCCAAGACGGACCCGCAGCCGGGCAAGCAGGACCUGAAGCGGGAGGGCCGCGCGCUGGGCGAGGGCGGCCGGCAGCCGCCGCACAUCGACUUCCGCGACGUGGACAUCGGCGAGCUCAGCAGCGACGUCAUCUCCAACAUCGAGACCUUCGACGUCAACGAGUUCGACCAGUACCUGCCGCCCAACGGGCACCCCGGCCAGGUCGCCUACACGGGCAGCUACGGCAUCAGCGGUGCCGCGGGCGCUCCGGCGGGCGCCGGCCACGUGUGGAUGUCCAAGCAGCCGGCGCUGAGCGUGGAGCAGGGCCCGCAGCAGCAGCAGCAGCAAAGGACGCACAUCAAGACGGAGCAGCUGAGCCCCAGCCACUACAGCGAGCAGCAGCAGCACUCCCCGCAGCAGCAGCAGCCGCCGCAGCAGCAGCAGCAGCAGCAGCAGCUGAGCUACGGCUCCUUCAACCUGCAGCACUACAGCUCGUCCUACCCCAGCAUCAGCCGCGCGCAGUACGAGUACGGCGAGCACCAGGGCUCCUCGGGCUCCUACUACAGCCACGCCGGCCAGGGCGGCGGGCUCUACUCCACCUUCAGCUACAUGAGCCCCACGCAGCGCCCCAUGUACACGCCCAUCGCCGACACGGCCGGCGUGCCCUCCAUCCCCCAGACCCACAGCCCGCAGCACUGGGAGCAGCCCGUGUACACGCAGCUCACCCGGCCCUGAGGAGGGAAACCAGCGAGCGAAACAAACAGAGCGACCCGCAAAAGAGAGAGAGAGAAAGAAAAAAAAAUGAAAAAAAAAUUAAAAAAAAAAAAACACCCCAAAAAAAAAAAAAAUUAUAAAAAACGAAACGGGAAAAGCGCCAGGAGCAGCGGGGGAAGGAGUUGCCUCGGGCCGGUUCGGUGUGCGUGAAGUUGAAGUGGUGAUUAAAAAAGACGCUCACGUGGAAGCUGGCGGGGUGGAGAGAGCGCCUCGAGCCUUCUGCACUUACAGCAUCCUCCGGGACCCGCCCCCCCAGCCCCAAAAUUUGGGACAGGCUUGCCAAGGACUGGACUUGAACUCUGCUUCAGAGAUUUUUCCGCCCAGCUGGCUCCUUCUCUGGACUUUUGUAAUGAUUUUUUUUUUUUUUUUUUUUUAGCAGUAAUUACAAGAAAGAUAAGAAAAUCUAAAAAAAAAAAAAAAAGAGGAGAAGAAGUAAAAAAAUGGGGGGGGGUAAAAGAGAAAACUCAAGAGUCCUCUGUGAGGAAUAUUCUCUAUUUUAAAUAUUUUUAGUAUGUACUGUGUAUGAUUCGUUACCAAUUUGAGGGGAUUUAUACCUAUUUUUUAGAGGUUGGGGUUUUUUUUUUUUUGAAAUGCUCUUAUUUUUCCAACAGCUUAAAAAAAAAAAAUAAUAAAAAAUGACACUUAGUGGAGCAGCCCUAGGUUUUCUUGCAGAGGUAUUUUUGUAUAGAGAAGUGUCUCUUUUUUUUGCUCUAAAAAUGAAACUAAACCAGCGUGCCCUGCCCUGGGAACCCAGCACUGGGGCAGGCACCAGCGUGGGAGAGGCUUUAUUUUUCUAACUCGUAGCAAAACCAGCCAGGAGGAGAACUUCACUUUAUUUUUUAAUAACCUUGAGCCUUAAAAGAAAAACAAAAAGAGAGGAGGGGUGUUAAAAAAAAAAAAAAAAAAUCAAUAAUAAAAAAUAAUCCGUGUUGCAGCCCCAAAGUGCUGCUGAGAAGCCUUAAAGCAGCCCGGUGAUAAUCAUUGGGCUGGGGGCUGAGCCCGACCCCUCCGGGCACCCCCUGCCCGCCCCAGGGUGCCAAACCCAGCCAGGGGCUCCUCUCCGCCCGGGAGACGUCAGAGAGCCUUUAAAUUAUUUACCUGGGGAGAGGAGCGGCUUUUAAUCACGAUUUUCCUGGGGUUUCGUUGUCUCAGCCUCCCCCUCGAAGUCCUUUCGGAAGCGUUGCGGUAGUCGGGAGCAUUAUCUGGAAGGUGACCGUGCCUGUUAAAUUAUGGUCUGAAACUGUAACCAGCCCUUUAUUUAUCUCUUUAAUUCCUUUUGGUCGUCGUCGUUGUUGUUAUUAUUAUUAUUAUUCUCUUCGGAAUCCACGUCCUGGGUUUGUACAAACUUCGUGCUGUUCCCCUUUUUUUGUUUGUUCGUUCGUUCGUUCGUUCGAGGUUUCGUCGUCGUUUUGGGUUUGUUUUUUUUUUUUUCUUUUGCCUUCGAGGAGAAACUGGAAGAAGAAAAGAAAAAAAAAGAAAGGAAAAAAAAAAAAGAAAAAUGAGAUUUGUACAAACUAAAGAUUGCAAAUGUAGCGGAUCACUGAAUCAUUUGCCUUGUCUCCUGCCUCAGCUCUCUGGGACACGCGAGCUCGUGCAAGGACGAGCCCCAACACCCCAGCCCUGCUGCAGGGGUGGCACCGUUUUAGCCUUCAAACCCCCCCCAAAAAAGCAAAACAAAACAAAAAACUGCCUGGGAGAGCUGGGGGGACACUGAUUUUGGUGAAGCUGUGGCUGAACAGUUAAGGAUUGCUUUUUAAAAAAGACAGCAGACUUUUUUUUUUAUUUAAAAAAAAAAUGAUAUAUUUGUUAACUUUUUUUUUUUUUUAGGGAUUCAGUAGGAGGAAAAAAAAAAUCUUAAAGCACUCUUAUAAUAUGGCAUCUUUCUAUUUCUGUAUAAAAGCAGAUCUUUUUAAAGUAUUUCUGUAACUUAAAAGGCCUGUCCUUUAAAUCAUAUUUUGUCUUUAGGUAAGUUCAGUUCAGUUUUGGUUGCAAGAUCCUUCUCUUUGUGAAACUUACCUUUAUUUUGUUUGUUUUGUUUUUGUUUGGGUUUUUUUUUUUUGUUUGUUUGUUUUUGGUUUUGUAUAUUAUUGUUUGCA